GAGUUUAAUUGGAUAAUUGCACUGCGAACAAAUUCCCUUUCUUCCUUUCCACUGAAUAGGGUAUCUAAAAAUGGUUGAAAUGGAAGUAAGUGCGGUGGAGAAGAAGAGUAACGAAGAAAACGAUGGAUCCUUGUGGGAAAGAUUCUUACCGCGAAUGGUUCUCAGAGUGCUUUUAGUUGAAGCCGAUGAUUCAACUCGUCAGAUUAUCGCCGCUCUUCUUCGGAAAUGCAGUUACAUAGUUGCGGCUGUUCCUGAUGGUUUAAUGGCGUGGGAGACUCUAAAGGAUCGACCUCAUAACAUUGAUCUUAUAUUGACUGAAGUAGAGUUGCCUUCCAUAUCUGGAUACGCGCUUCUUACUUUGGUCAUGGAACAUGAUAUCUGCAAAAAUAUUCCAGUUAUAAUGAUGUCAUCGGAAGAUUCAUUUAGCAUGGUUCUGAAGUGUAUGGUAAAAGGUGCAGCUGACUUUCUUAUCAAGCCUGUUCGGAGGAAUGAGUUGAGGAAUCUGUGGCAGCAUGUUUGGAGAAGACAUAUGCUAGCCGGUGGAUGUGCUCCUCAUAAUUUACCUGCGUCAGAACAUAAAGUUGAAGCCACGGCUGAGAACAAUGAUGAGAGUAACCAAUCCAGUGAUUAUGAAUCAUCUACACAGAAAAUCAAAGACGAAAGUGAUACCCAAGGUCUUUCGCAAUGGAAGUGUACGAGUUCAAAUAUUAGCUAUACAGGCAGAGAACACCAGGGAAAUGUUGUCACACUAGGUCACGAGUCACUUAAAAAUGAGGGUCAAGCUGAAGGGUUAUAUGGAAAUCGAUUUGUCUCUGAAAAUUCAAAGGGGUCUGUAAAGGAGGUUGCCUAUUGCAGUGACACUGGUGAAUCCAUUGCACCAAAAUUGGAAGAAAGCUCUGCUUUCCUUGAAGGGGCGACACAUGAUACUGUUGGACUACAAAGUGAAGGAAGAACUGGGCAUGUUACCAUGGGAGUUGGCUGCAACGACAAAUUAAUAGAAUCUUCUACUGGAGCUAUUGAUUUAAUUGCUUCAUUUGAUAAACACCCCAAGGGCACCUUUGUGAUUAUUGAUGGUCCAAACAAGUCUGAAUUUUCUCCACAGUUGGAGCUUUCUUUGAGAAGAUCUUGUUCAGUGAGCUCAAAGAAUCAAGGUACCGGUGAAAAGCACAUACUAAAUCAUUCCGAUGCAUCAGCUUUUUCAUGGUAUAAGAAUAGGAAGUCACUAAAGCCCGUUUUCCCUACCAUAGAUGGCAACCGUGCUGCAUUAAAGGAGAAUGACAGUAAACUCAUACGAGACCUGGAAGGGGUGAGGUUGGUUACUGGAUGUAGUCCCAAACAAGCAACUAUGCAACAACAUUCUCCCCUUCCUGUGAACACCUCAUUGCAUUCAGAUCCUGAUGUUAAUGAUUCAGAACAGGUUAAUCACUGGUCUGAUGAAGCUACCAAUUCUACUGUUGUUCAAACUGUUCAAGGGCAGGACAAGCAGGUGCCUGUUGAGGAACUAAGGUGCAGUUCUCCUGUUGACGAUCUGAGUUCUUGCAGUCACUUAUGUAAUGAUGUCUCAAAUCAUGAGAAGGGCUUCGCUCAUGGUGGCGGUAUGAGUUGGAGCAGUACUAGUGCUAGUGCUGCUACCUCUGCAGCAAUUAAUGACAGCACAGCCACGGAUAUUUCCGGUGGUAGCAAUCGCUUUGUUCAUGAUGGAUUAAAAAGGAUGGGUGCUCCUCACUCCAGCGAGAGAGAAGCCGCUUUGACAAAUUUCCGACUUAAGAGGAAAGAUCUAUGCUUUGAGAAAAAGGUACAUUACGUUAAUAUUACUACUAGUACAUUAUUUUUGGUAAAAUACAAGGAUGAGACCUAUGGUUGUAUACUUAUGACAGUGUAUCCUUUUUUUUAA